CAGGGCAAUGUCCAGACAAACACUCUCCUGGACAGUCCUGUCAGACGGUUCUCAUUUUUAGAAGUAAAAAAUGGAGGACAGAGAAAAUUCAGGUUCCAUAUAUAAUAAACUGGUUUCUCAGGAGGAAAUCACUGAGGAUGAUGACCCUCUCUACUCAAAUCAGGAGAACGAGCAAGUGUCCAUGUCCACAGUAAGACCAGAAUCCAUGCUGAAUCUUUACAGACUGCUUACAGUGAGCCUGACAGUCCUCGCUGUCAUUCUGCUGGCAGUUGAUAUUGGCCUGGGAAUCUAUUACAACAACCUUGCUAAUGGCAACAUAGUCGCAGACAUUGGGAAUGAACUAACCAAACUACAGGCUUCUUAUGAUGCUGCGGCCCAAAACCUCGACAAUGCCAAGAAACAGCUGGAGAAUGAGGUCUCCAAAACAGACUUUAUAAAGUGGGAGCUGGAACACCAGGUCAGAAGAAACAAAGACUACGAAAAGCAGGCUGAAAAUAUGCAGAUGGAAAUUGCAGCGUUGAAAUCCCACCUGCCGAUGAUAAGAAAUGGCUGCAGAUACUGUUUAUCUGGAUGGACUUUCAUGAACUCAAUGUGUUACUUCUUCCCAUUUUCUGAAACCUUUUCACGUGUAACGUGGCAGGACGCCAGACAAUCCUGCAAAAGGCAAGGAGGCGACUUGGCAGUUAUAGACAGCAGAGAGAAACACAUGGCGGUAACUAACUUGAUAAAUAGCAAUUUCGACCACUCAAGACCAUCAUCUCUGAAUGGCUUCUGGAUUGGACUGAGAGAUGUAGAAGAAGAAGGAACCUGGAAAUGGCUGGAUGGGACAACACUGACUGAGGGGUACUGGGAAGAAGAACAGUCAAACCAGCCUAACCAUGCAGACUGCGUUGCUGUGUAUCCCAAACUCAACCCUUUUAGGGUUUGGAAGGAUGUGCCAUGUAGUUACAACCUGAAAUGGAUUUGUGAAAUGAAGCCAAGAUCUUCGGAAUAACAUAAUUAUUCUUUAAAGAAGAUUUUUACUUCUGGUUUAAUUGGUUGAACGGAGAAUGAACUUUAUCCUAAUUUCUUUUGUUUUGACAAAUAAAAAUGUAUCUAACUUGUG